AUGUUCAGUCAGUGGGUUAUUUUGUUGUUUAUUUUUGGACCGCUUGAUGCUGACUUUUUAAGAAGUUCAUGUGUAUUACCGAGACUCGAACAUGGUCAUUUCAAAAUACGACAAAGAGCAAGACUCAUUCAAUACACAUGUGAGAAGAAUUAUACCCUGGUUGGGAAUAAGUAUGCUACGUGCAGGGAUGGAGAAUGGGAUGUGCCGACGCCUGUUUGUAUACGUCCAGGAUGUAAAGUACAAAGUAUAGAAAAUGGAUUGUUGUUAAAAAAUUUCGACGAUGCCUGGCUUAUAUACUUCUGCCUGCCUGGUCAUCAGAUCGUGGGUUCACACGUCCUCUACUGCAAUGGAAGAAGAUGGAAUGGAACAGUUCCCUCGUGUGUUGAUUCAACUACAGUGAGCGAAUUAAGUUGUGACUUCGAAAGCCCCAGUAUUUGUGGAUGGACCCAAGAUGAACUUCACGACUUCGAUUGGAAGAGGUUAAAUAAGAAGACGCCAAGCUCUUUCCUGAUGACUGGACCAUCGUAUGAUCAUACGUAUGGGAAAGGAGGGUCAGGUUACUAUAUGUACAUUGAAAGCACAUCGAGAUUAGAAAAUGAUACAGCACGACUCAUAUCUCCAGUAUACAGUGGCUCCCGCUCGAAAGAUGGCUGCUUCUCUUUCUUCUACCACAUGUAUGGAAAUUCUAGUGGCGGCCUUCGAGUUUAUCAGAAACCAGAAAAUCUUGAACUCCAAUCAAUAAUAGACAAUAGUGCAGAUGGAAAAAGAUAUAUGCUGUUUGAAAAAUGGGGUAACUUGGGAGAUUUCUGGUUCAACAAUGUCGUACCCCUCACGAAAAUGGAUACGAACUUUCAGAUAAUAAUCGAAGGCAUACGAGGUCCAAGCUUUAUGAGCGACAUCGCAAUAGAUGAUGUAGCGAUACUUCAAGGAGAGAACUGUACUAGCGCCAUGAUGGCUGCUUCGACCCCACCGUCUUUUAGAAGUGAUUCUUGUGUGAACCGAUGCUCCCUGAACGACACCGUGCAUUCAGUGGGCUGCGGUUGCACAUUUGAUUGCUUUCUGGAAGAGAACUGCUGUUUGGACUUCUUGGAAAACUGCGUAUUCCAACGCACGCGUUCAAUAUCUGACGAUAUGGUGUCAGAUUCGACAGAUGUAGCACCGCAAACUCAAAAACUAAUUGCAGCCAUAACAGAAACUACCUCAACUACAACUUCUACUACUACACCAACUACAACUUCUACUACUACAUCAACAACUACUACAACACCUAAGCCUACGACUAUUCGUAGGACUACUACCACGACAACACCUAAACCUACAACUGUUCGUACAACUACAACAACAACAACAACAACAACAACAACAACAACACCUAGACCACCGGUUACUACUACAACGAAAAAAGCGACAACUAAAAGAGUAUAUACAACUACACCUAAAACAACUACUCGAAUAACAACAUCAAAAGUAGCAUUGAAAACUACCAGUACAGAAGUAGUACCUAAGCCAACUACUAUCACAGCAAUGUCUACAACAACAACGUCCACUUACAAACCUACAACAACAAGUUCAACUAAAACUACACCUAAUUUUUCAAAGACAGUAGACAACGGAAAGCUCUCUUUCGUUGAUAAAGAAAAAAUGAAACAAACAAUCGAAACAAGAAAAUUAGAUUAUUUAUCACAGAAAGAUGAAAAACAUAGUUCGAGUGCUUGGAAAGCAAUAUUAAUAGUAAUAUGUAUCAUCGCCCUAGUCGGGACUGUGUCCUGGGCGACAUACGCGCGAUCGACGCGCGGGAGGAUAGCGAUCGCUAAGUUUUGCGGCCACGUUAGAGUGAACGACCCUGAAGUUCGAUACCUUUCCACCGACGUUGAUGAUGAUUGACUUUAACAUUAAAUAAUUAAAAUUAA